AGACACAGCCUCUUGCCUCUCCUGGAUGUCACCAUGAGGCUGGCGUCCCUGGCGCUGUUGCUCGCCUUCACUCUGCUGGCUUUCAAUGCUGGCCACAUCCUGCUGGGAGUAGCAGAGGGGGGAAGCAGGGAGCAGAAGGUGUGGGCCAGCGCGGGGAGCUCAGCUGUGCUGCCUUGCCACCUGCACCUCAGAAAGACGUCAAAGAGCUGGAAGCAGCUGCCCGACAAGACGUCCGUGCUGUGGAAGCGACAUGUGGGAAGCCCCCACCAGGAGCCACACAUGGUGCUGGAGGUGGAGUACUCCGGCCUCCGGAAGGCAGCACUGCCCAUGCGGCCCCGGGUGUCCGUUCAGGACUCUGCCUUACGCAACGGCAACUUCUCCCUGCGCAUCGACCCAGUCCGGAGCGAGGACGCCGGGCUGUAUGAGGCGCAGGUGGCAUACAACACGGGGGUCCACAGCUGCCAGGUGGAGCUGGGGGUGAUCACAGUAACACUCAGUCCACCCAGCCCUGUGGUAGAAAAUGAGCCGCUCUUGCUGAGCUGCAACUCUAGCCACCGGGCCAGCCUUGUGGAGACAUGCUGGUUCCACAAUGGGCACCUGGUCCCCACCUCCAGGACCUUCUGCGCCUUGCAUGGGACUCUCUCCAUCCUCCGGCCAGCUGUCAGUGAUGCAGGCUCCUGGCGCUGCCAGCUCAGAUACUCCGAUAAUGAAAUCAUUUCUGCCACGUACAACCUGCAAAUUCUAGGUUUUGAUGGCCCAGCGAACCCUGUGGUCUAUGCUGCAGCUGGCUCUUCAGCUGAUCUACCCUGCACCCUGAGCAACCUUCCCAGUGCCUUUGGAAUCAACGUGGUGACAGCCCACUGGAGCCGCUUUGCAGCAGGACACUUGCAAGCCCAGGGCAUCUCCCAGAAUUUGAGCAACAGAAGCUUCCCCCUUCAUCUCUCUGCGGUGGGGCCAGGUGAUGCAGGGCAGUACCGCUGUGCUGUCUCUGUUGGCAGCAAGACAAUCAGCAGGGAUGUGACCUUGGCAGUGAUUACAGUCACCCCGAGCAUCCAAGGACCGGUUUCUGAGGGGUCUCACUUGCUGCUCAUCUGCGGCCUCACACACCCCCGGGGGCAUGAACGUUUCCAAUGGAAGCACCUCGACUCAGUCCCCACUAGCAGCAAGCUGGCUGUGGCUACCUCCCGUAACCUGGAGGGCCACAGGUCCCAGACAGGCCCUACCUUUGAAAUCCCCCGAGUAUCACAGAAGGAUAUGGGCACGUGGGAAUGCAGCGUAUAUGGCCCAGAAGGCAGACUGGGAGCAGUGGAAUACGGGCUGCAGAUCACAGGUGCCCAGACCUCCGGCCCUCCCAGCAUCUUCAGUGGGCAGGUUACUUUCUGGCUCACCCUCACCCUCUUCCUCCUGCUUACAGUCUGUGUUCUGGCUCUGGCCCUGCAAAAAAGGGCACGGUCUCCUGCUUUCCCAGCACUGGAAGCAAUGGUUGCAGUCACUGUGCCAAAGAAGAAGGAGGUGGAGGAGAACCAGAAAGACAAGAUCCAACAAACUGAGUGCUGA